AAAUACGAAUAUGAAUAAGAAAUAGGAAAAAUAUUACAAUUAAAUAAAAAAAAUUAAAAAUAAAAAUUUAAAAUAAUUUGAUUGCCUAUAUGCAACUUCACUCUAAAGUAUUUGAGGUUAGGAAGCACCUAACCUUAAUUCAAGAACGAUUCAUUUUAAACGUAUCAUCAACAAUGGCAUCAGGUGGUGAUAAAAGCAAGACGAGUCAAAAUGGCGACCAGAAAGAAAAAAAGCGCAAAGAAUCCAUCCUGGAUUUGUCGAAAUAUUUGGAAAAAACAAUCAGGGUGAAAUUUGCCGGCGGACGCGAAGCGAGCGGAAUUCUUAAAGGAUACGAUCCACUUUUGAAUUUAGUAUUAGACAACACAAUAGAAUAUCUCAGGGAUCCAGACGACGCGUACAAACUGACUGAAGACACCAGAGAAUUAGGACUGGUUGUUUGUCGAGGCACCAGUGUUGUGUUAAUUUGUCCCAUGGACGGGAUGGAAUCUAUUCAAAAUCCAUUUGUUUCACAGGAUUAAACAAAUGUUUAUUUAGUUAGGGUAUUUAAGAAUAAGUAUUUUUUUAUAUUUUGUUUGCAGGAAACAAAGAACAAUACAGUCAUAUUAAUUUUU